AUGUCUACGCCAGGUGCAGGGGAUCAAAAUGAUCAAAUCAUGGACCGUGGCCCAUUCGUGGCUGCCAUCCUCAUCGUGUCCACCACGGCCGCUGUUCAUCCUGCCUCCGAUCGGACCACCGCCGUUCUGCGCAAUGUUCUUGAAGGUGAAGGCGACCGCGAGUGGGAAGUCAGGUCCACCUGCAUUGUCACCGACGAUGAGCUCCAGAUCCAAGCGAAGAUCAAAGCCUGGGCCGAUGGGCCGAGCCCGCCCAACCUAAUCCUUACGAGUGGUGGCACUGGCUUUUCCGUGACCGACCGCACACCUGAGGCUGUUGUGACUCUGCUUCACAAGCAGGCCUCGGGUAUGGCACUCGCCAUGCUGACCGCCUCGUUGGCAAUCACCCCGUAUGCUAUGCUGGCCCGACCCGUGGCAGGUGUUCGAAACACGACCGUUAUCGUCACCCUCCCUGGCUCUCCAUCGGGUGCUGCGGAGAAUCUGAAGGCCAUUGUCAAGAUGCUACCACACGCUUGCGCCCUGGCAUCCGGUGCCGACUCACGAAAGCUGCAUGCAGGAAGUAUCAACAGGUUGGACACAGAGGCAAGAAAAGGCGCCGAUGCAGGCGCCGAAGACGAUGCCGAUGCCAAUGCAGACACAGUUUCAUGCGCAUGCGCGGACGCGGACACGGAAAUUUCCCACGCUACAUUCAGCUACCUACCGUACGGCCCUCGGCAAGGACCUGUUCGAGAGCAUCAUCAUGAAGCACAUCCUCAGCAGGACUACCAUCAUCACCACGAGCAUACUCAUCAUGUUUACCAUCACAAGUCCAGCCACGCACCUACCGUGACAGCCGGGCAGCGCAUACCGCCAGUACAUGUCAUGCAGACAAAACAAAGCAUGCCUGACGGAUCGGGUGUGCCUGGUGGCCAAGCCGGGUGUUCAGGGCACACCUCUCAUCCAGGACAAGGCACGCCUGUGAGACAAAGCAUGCCUAUAGAGCCAGAGUUGUGCUCCAGGCAGAUCGUGCUGCCAGCAGGACAAGUCAUACAUGCUGGGGCGAGCUUGACUCCUACGCAAGUUUUGUAUGCUGACCAAAGCAUACCCCCUGUUCAAGGCAUAACCACCGGACAAGGCAUGCCUCCUACGCAAUUUCUGUAUGCUGGCAAAAGCAUGCCCCCUCCUCCUGUACCGGUCAUACCCACUGGGCCAGGCAAGUGCACCGGCCACGGCAUGUCGCUUGAGCAAGGCACCCCUGCUAUCACUCCUGGACCAAGCACGCAUCCAGGACCAGGCAUGUGCUCCGGACAUGGAAUGCAUACUGAGAAAGACAUACAUGCUGCGCCGAGAAUACCGCCUGGGCCAGGCAGGCCCAAGGGACAAGACACAUGCUCCGGGCGUGGAGUGCCUAUGGAAGAUGAUGUUCAUGCUGGACCGAGCAUGCCCGGGAUGCACACAAACUCGGCUCAAAAGCCGCUCUCCAUCCAUCCUCAUCUUGGACCUUCGCAUCGGCAUCGGGACUCUCCAUAUCCCGUAGUCGCCAUCGAAGAUGCCAUGACUCUUAUCUUGGAGCAUUCCCCCAAUCCAGUCGUCGUAACCUCCAAGGUGGAUGCAGCCAUCGUCGGUUCCGUUCUUGCCGAACCGAUCAAGGCGGAAGAAAAUGUCCCUGCCUUUCGGGCUAGCAUUGUUGAUGGCUACGCAAUUGUGGCUCCCGAAGGUGGUCACAUAGAGGGUAUCUUCCCCGUCGCUGCCGUCUCACACGCUGCCCCUGGCAAUGUUAAACCCUUAGAGACCGGACAGGUGGCUAGAAUCACGACUGGUGCACCACUUCCACAGGGAGCUACAUCCGUCGUCAUGGUUGAAAAUACCAUCCUCCGGACGACGAAGGAUAAUGGCAACGAAGAGGACGAAAUCGAGAUUGAGGCCAUGGUGGUCGGGGAGGGUCACAAUGUGCGAGAGGUCGGCAGCGACGUCCAAAAAGGCUCCAUCAUUCUCGAGAAGGGCGAGCGGAUCUCUAGCGUCGGCGGCGAGCUUGGCCUUCUUGCCGCAGUCGGUGUUUCUGAUGUUAAGGUCUUCCGGCGCCCGGUCGUGGGCAUCAUGUCGACUGGCGAUGAGCUCGUCGACUACGAUAAACCAGGGCCCCUCCGCUACGGCGAGGUACGUGAUACAAACCGUAUAAGCAUCCUCAGUGUCAUCAAAGGAUGGGGCUACGAAGUCGUCGACCUAGGUAUCGUCAAGGACAACGAAGACGGCCUGGGGGAAUCGCUGCGGAAGGCCCUCAGACUGGUUGACGUCCUCAUCACCACGGGAGGCGUAUCCAUGGGCGAGCGGGACUUGCUGAAACCGACAAUCGAGCACUCCCUUGGUGGCACCAUUCACUUUGGCAGGAUUUUCAUGAAGCCCGGCAAGCCCGCCACCUUUGCGACGGUGCUUGUCACGGACGAGGCUGGAAAUGCCGCGAGAAAGGUCAUCUUCUCCCUGCCCGGGAAUCCAGCGUCUGCCCUCGUGACGUUGAACAUGCUCGUCUAUCCCUCCCUGCAAAAGCAGUCGGGCGUUUCCCCCGUCGGCCUGACCCAGGUCGUCGCCACCUUGGGCCAUGACGUGCUCCCGGAUCCCCGUCCAGGAUUUCAACGCGCAGUCGUCACGAUUUGCGGGGAGCAACUCAUCGCGACCACCACUGGUGGUCAGCGGAGUUCGAAAGUGAGCAGCCUGAGGUCGGCGAAUGCGUUGCUUGGGAUCCCGAGCGGCUACAGGAAGGUGGUAAAGGGCACCAAGGUUUUUGCCUGGCUGCUGGACACACCUCGAGGGGUCGGAACCAUGUAA